AGCAAGACUAAGUGAAAGUGGUUCAGAGAUUUAGCCCAGCCUACAUUUCCUGGGUCCUAAGUGUUGUUUUUACCAGUAUUGAAUCGACAUUCGCAAAGUGCAAUUCUUCCAGAAGGCACUUGGAGAUGAAAUCUUUGUCACUUUUACUGGUGCUAGUGACCGGAGUUUUCACUGUGGUCGGCUUCCCAGACGGUGCUCCGGUUGAUGCCUGCGUGAAACCUAGACCCAACCAACCUUAUCAUGGCCAAGCCAGACCACAACCACCUUCGACCAACCCUUUUCAAGUCAUCCAGAGUAGUGCUCAAUACGGACCUGGCACCCAAAUUACAGUGACAAUCCAGGGUGCUGAUUACUUUAAAGGUUUCUUCAUUCAGGCUCGAGAUGUCGCUUCGAACGGUUGGUUGGGCGAAUGGGUAGAAACCCCAAACACAAAAAUUCAUCCAGAAUGUAGCGCCAUCACUCAUGCUGACCCUAAACCAAAACAACAAGCAGUUUUAGUGUGGCAAGCACCUCAUAACGUUCAGCCCGGCCAAGUCUACUUUACGGGAACGGUGUUGAAGGAGUAUACCAUGUUUUGGUCGAAUAUCGUGUCGCAGGUUGCCCAAUAAUUUAAUUUAUUUCGAGUUUAUUCAGUAUUUUUUUAAUAAAUAAAAGAUUAUCUUUAAA